GUCCGCUCAUCCUAGGUGUGGAGACUACUGAGUCUCUGGGUGUGAAGGUUUGUUUUUCUUCGCCUCCGGAGCCGAGGCCUCUGCCGCAAUCAUGUUCCGCCAGAUCUUCACUCAGGCCAAGAAACAUCCGAGCUUGAUCCCCCUCUUCAUAUUUAUUGGAGCCGGAGGAACUGGAGCAGCGCUGUAUGUCUUGCGCUUGGCAAUGUUCAAUCCAGAUGUCAGUUGGGACAGGAAGAAUAACCCGGAACCCUGGAACAAACUGGGUCCUAAUGAUCAAUACAAGUUCUUCUCAGUGAAUGUGGAUUACAGCAAACUGAAGAAGGAAGGUCCAGAAUUCUAAGUGAAAUGUUUCACUAUAAAGCUGCUGAGAAUGAAGGUCUUCCAGAAGCCAUCCGCACAAUUUUCCACUUAACCAGGAAAUAUUUCCCCUCUAAAUGCACGAAAUCAUGUUGAUAUAUUGUAUUGGGGUUUACACUGAUUAAUAAAUAUCUGAAACUUGA